AGGCCGUGGACGUACCCGCUUGGCUGUCUGAGGUGUACACCGAGGACAUUCUUAAGGCCGUGGAGGCCAAGAAGAAGGACUCCUCCAAGAAGUCCGAUGAGGGUGCCUUUGGUGACGUCGCCAAGGAGCCCACUUCGUCAGCUACGAAGAAGCGUCCUGCGUCUUCGACGGUGGCUCCUAAGCCAAAGCGGCCCUUCUUUAAGAAGAUGGGUACGGCCGAUGCUGCAACAAAGCUGUCGCUGUCAAAACCAUCUGCUCCUCUGGCUGGGGGGAGAGGUUCCCCUUAACCAGGCGUGUAUUCCUCCGUCUGAGCAUAAGGAAGUCUCUCCCCAGGUGGACACCGAAGGAGAUUCCGCUGUCAGAGCGGCUGCUGACGAAGUAGCGGCCGACCAGGCUGAUGCUGCUGGGGCCACCACCUCGUCCAAGGAGGACAAGGGCAAGGGCAAGGAGGCUGACGCUCCUUCUACUGAUAACGCCUCCAUGCCUCCUCCGGCUUCGUCGAUUGUUGAUAUGUUUAAACGGAUGCGGCGUGCUGAGGUGGCGAGCAUCCCCCCUUCUGACGGUUUUAGCUCAGAGGCGAAGGAUAAGAUCCUUUCGGACGUGUAUGCGGCCAUUCCUGAGGAGUAUGUGAGGUCACUUCUCGGGAUUGACUUGGGGUUCUUUGGGUCCAUUCAGUCCCUCGUACUUGAUCUCUUCAUCCGUUGUACUGAGAGUAGGAACUAUCGCUUCGAUAUGCAUAAUGAGAUGCUCAAGCAUAAGGACCAGAUUGAGAAUUAUGAGAAGUAUGCUGAGAGGACGGCUAGAUUGAACAACGUGGACGCGGAUGCAAAGAUUAAGUCUGAAACGGACGCUCUGAAGAAGGCUGAGGAGGACGCCCAGAAUUACGAACAGAAAUUGCUGGAGCAUGAGGAGAGGCUGGCCGUGCUGAGAGAGUAUUCCUCCGUCUCGGAGCGGGUGACCAAUUUCUCAUCCAAGGUGAACGUCUUGGAGGGUCAGCUUAAGGCUAUGCAGGGUGAGAUUGAAGCCGUGCGCAAAGAGGCAGCGAGUUCUUUCAAAUUAGGCGAAGAGUCCAUUUUGGAGAAUGCCCAAAGGGCGUGGGAUCAGUCUAUGGAUGGGAAGGACUUUUCCUGGUUCAAACGUCGCAUCUCCUACCAGAUGGCCGUCUCUAUGGCUAGACGCCUAGGCUUAGAUCCCCCUGAGUUCGUUAGCGACGGGGAGGAGGAGGACAUGGAGGAGGAAGAAGUGAACUCCCCUGAAGGCAAAGACGUCCAGGACGGGAGUUCAACCGCCCCUCAUCCUUGAGCAGCCUCUUAUGUAAUUGGUUUGAAUGACGCCGUGGGCGUUUGUAAUAACUUUGAUGCCUUUUGGCAUUUAUUUGUGUUGGUUUGUUUGCGCCAUGAGCGCAUGUAUAAACAUUUUGUGCCUUCGUGCACUUGUUUUAUUUUGAUUCCAUUUCAGUUCGUUACUGAUU